CAUCCUACCUUAUCAUUACUGGUACUGCUAUCUGAAGAGAUGGCGCAACCACUGGUCUCAAGCCAUAUAGUCUUCGCGUGUCCGCGUUGUUCAGUAUGCUUACUUGAUUUGUUCAAUGCGUGUUCCCAACACUCGACGACUGCAGAUUCUGUCGGAAUCAAAGUUGGCAAUUGUUCCUUGGUUUGAUUCCACUGGCUUCGUGUUGUGUCUGGUUUCUUCUCAGCAAGUUGAUUUACAGACGCGUAGGACAACUCUGUUGUCAACCUUCAAAUCACCACCCUGAAUCCUUUUGUGUCUAUCAUCGGUCUUAAGUUAAAUUUCCCUCUCGAUGUCGGAUUCCAUCCCUCCAGUCACCGAAUGGCCGGAGUACUCCGUACAACCGCUGGGGGCGAAUCCUUUGGAGAUGGACAUCAAUGCUCCAUAUGACAAAGGCGACUUGUGUUGGAUCCUCGUAUGUACAGCACUUUGUUGGCAAAUCACCCCAGCUAUCGGCUUCUUGUAUGCUGGCAUGCAUCGUCGAAAGUCCGCGCUGACCAUGGUCUUCCAAUCUUUGUUCUGUGCCUCUGCUUGCGGGAUCCAAUUCUGGCUAUACGGUUACUCCAUGUACGAAUCGCACACGACCAAUCCAAUCAUCGGGGACCUCUCCAAAGGCAUUUUCCUCAAUGUGUUGGCUUACCCCAGUCUCGCGAAUUCCGAUAUACCGGAUAUCCUUUACGCUGCUUUCGGUUUCACGUUCGUCACUGCGACGGCCAUGAUUUUGGCAGGGGCUAUGCUCGAGCGUGGAAGACUUUUACCUAGUAUGGUGUUCUUGCUUUGUUGGACAACGUUCGUCUACUACUUCCUUGCAUACUGGGAAUGGAACCCGAGUGGAUGGCUCUACCAACUUGGAGCGUACGACUACGCUGGAUCAGGACCUGUCCACAUUGCUUCGGGCUUUGGCGCCCUCGCUUGGUCUCUCAUGCUCGGUCACCGUAAAGAUCCCAUGAAAGAGAGUGCUCAUCCGAAGAUCCCUCACUUCAGACCUCACAAUCCGUUCUUGGUGGGCCUUGGGACGAUCCUCAUUUGGUUCGGUUGGUUCGCAUUUAACGGUGCAAGUACCGCCAAUUUGUCGAUUCGGAGCAUCUAUGUGGUUGUCAACACCAAUCUUGCUGCCUGUGGUGGGGGUAUUGCAUGGACUAUUCUGGAGUACUUCAGUACUCGACGAUUUAGCAUCAUCGGUUUCUGCUCCGGCAUCAUUUCUGGACUGGUGGGGAUCACUCCUGCAGCCGGUUUCGUCCCCGUCUACACUUCCGCUCUGGUGGGGGCCAUCACAGCCAUUGGCGUUUUCUAUGUGGUCAAGUACAAACAUCUGAUCGGAGUUGACGAGGGUCUUGAUAUCUUUGCAAUCCACGGUGUCGGAGGAGUCAUUGGUGAUAUUUUGACGGGGUUCUUUGCUGCAGACUUCGUUCCCGCCUUGGAUGGUGUCUCGACAGACUACGAAGGUGGGUGGUGGAAUCGUCACUGGAAACAGAUGGGCUAUCAGCUUGCCGCAGCGGUGACGUGUGCUGCCUGGAGUUUUGUGAUCAGCUGCAUCCUUCUAUUCAUCAUCAACAAGAUCCCUGGUUUACACCUCCGCUGCAGCGAAGAGGAGGAGCUGGAGGGUCUGGAUAAGAAGUACUUUGCUGAUUGCGAGGUCGAUGGGUACGGCUUAGGGGAAUAUGGUUUUGCGAGCCAUAUGGGAGGAAUUGUUGGACGUUCUAGUGAGAGUCAAGGUGUUCAAAGUCCUCCGGUUCAGGUGGAUCCCAAGAAGGAGUGAUCUGGGGAGAGAACGGGUGUGUCUAGCAAAAGCCAAGAUGUAUCUAGUGGGCGAAAGGUGUU